ACAAAGAGCGCACUCAGUGGAGACAAGAGGCUCGACUGCUGUGUCUGAAGAAGGAGCAGUGGAACAGUGGAAUAAAAAAACAGGUGGAGUUAAGAUAAAGCCAGAGUGACCACCAGUCCUGUUGUCAGAAACAAAUCCAGGAGAGGAGAGGAGAGGUGGACGCUACCAUGCAGAGAGAAAUAGACAGAAACACAGAAAGAAAGAUGGCCGAGGCCCCGAAGAUUGAACUCUUCGUUAAGGCCAGUGUGGAUGCUGAGAGUGUAGGCAACUGCCCUUUCUGUCAGAGACUCUUCAUGAUUCUUUGGAUGAAAGGGGCCAACUUCACCCUCACCACUGUGGACAUGAAGAGGGCACCUGACGCUCUGAAGGCUCUGGCUCCGGGCUCUCAGCCUCCCUUCCUCAUCUGCAAUGAAGAGGUCAAAACAGACACCAACAAGAUAGAGGAGUUCCUGGAGGAGACGUUGGCCCCACCACAGUAUCCAAAAUUGUGCUGUUGUUACAAGGAGUCCAACGGCGCUGGAGAAGACAUCUUCCGAAAAUUCUCAGCAUAUAUAAAGAAUUCCAUUCCUGGACUAAAUGACACGCUAGAGAAGAAAUUUCUAUCGACUCUGGUGAAGCUGAACAUGUACCUGGAGACGCCUCUUCCUCAUGAGCUGCAAAAGAACCCCAAUGCCAACGAGUCGUCUCGUCUCUACCUGGAUGGUGACUCCUUCACCUUGGCGGACUGUAACCUGCUUCCCAAACUCAACAUUGUGAAGGUGGUGUGUAAGGAGUACCGUGAUUUUGCCAUCCCCAAGGCGUUGAAAAGUCUGACGCGUUACCUGGACAACGCCUACAAACAGGAUGAGUUUCGCUACACCUGCCCAAAAGACUCAGAGAUCCUCUAUGCCUAUGAGUCUGUGGCCAAGUACCUGAACAAAUAGAGUAAGAGGGAGACAUGAAGCAUACGUGAGAUAAAACCUCAAAACUGCACAUGAUUUAUGUUUUGAGUCCAAAUACUGGAAGUCUGGAUAAUAAAAAUUGUUUGCAGUGAUGUUUGUUCGCAAUAAUUAGUAGCUGUUGUUUCUUUAAAGUUGCUUAAAAUUUGUAUUUGUAGAUAUUGUCUGUACUGUUGCAUGCUCUUAUACUGACGUGGAUUUCUUCUUAAGCCCCUGUAAGAGUGAGAAAGCACUGUAAAUCCCACAGAGUGUUUGUGUAAUGUCUUAUUGUGCAUGUAUUGUGUCUAAGAUUACUCAAUACCAAUUGCAGACAUAUUCAGUUACAUUUUCAUGUCAAUCAGGUGAAACAAAACCUCAAAUUUAUGUAGUUUUACCCUUUGGAAAUGUUUAAAACAAAUGAAUAAACCAGAUACAGACAUUUUGCUUAAGUUUUUAAACUGUCCCCCUGACAGAGGAUACAAAGACAAAAUCAAUGUCUGCAUUUCCGUUGUUUCAGUAAUUGAAAGAAAAUAAGAGUAUGUAUAUAUAUAUAUAUAUAUAUAUAUAUAAAUAAAAUGAUGCGAAUAAUGAUAGAAUAAUUGAGUUCCGUCCAAUUAUAAGGUUAUUUUUGCAUAGUGGAAUAAAAUAAAAAAGUAGUGUGAAGAUCUUAUUGUUGUUUUCUUAAUAUCUAGUGUGUUGCAGGAAAGGAGCAACACCGUAUACAGUUUUUAUUUUAUUGAUUGCAAAUGUGUAUAUAGUGUAUGUCCACACCUGUAUGUGUAACUUCCGUCAUUUUACCCACCUGUCUUGAUGUGUUUGUAAUGUAAUGUAAUGUAAUGUAAUCUUUGUUGCCAGAAACAGAAAUAAAAUAAAGAAAAUUUUAUAAAAAGGUCAAAAAGUAGGUAUGU